AUGGUUGUGUGCCUGCUGCUCUUCUGUCUUCCCUUCAUCCUGUACUUGGCUGCGCCAAAAAUCAGGAAAAUGCUGUCCAGUGGGGUGUGUACAUCUAAAGUCCAACUUCCUGGGAAGGUAGCCAUAGUCACUGGCGCUAACACAGGCAUUGGGAAAGAGACUGCUAAAGACCUGGCCCAAAGAGGAGCCCGUGUGUAUUUAGCUUGCCGGGAUGUAGAAAAGGGGGAACUGGUGGCUAACGAGAUCCAAGCCACCACAGGGAACAAUCAGGUCCUGGUAAGAAAACUGGACCUAGCUGAUACCAAGUCCAUUCGAGCCUUUGCCAAAGACUUCUUAGCUGAGGAAAAGCACCUCCACAUCCUAAUCAACAAUGCAGGAGUGAUGAUGUGCCCCUACUCCAAGACCGCAGAUGGCUUUGAGAUGCACAUUGGAGUCAACCACUUGGGUCACUUCCUCUUGACCCACUUGCUGCUAGGAAAGCUGAGGGACUCGGCCCCAUCAAGGGUAGUCAAUGUGUCCUCCUUGGCACAUCACCUGGGAAGGAUCCACUUCCAUAACCUGCAAGGCGAGAAGUUCUACAGUGCAGGUCUUGCCUAUUGCCACAGCAAAUUAGCCAACAUUCUCUUCACUCAGGAACUGGCCAGGAGGCUGAAAGGCUCUGGAGUGACGACGUAUUCUGUCCACCCUGGCACAGUCGAUUCUGAUUUGAUUCGGCACUCAUCACUUAUGAGAUGGAUGUGGCAACUUUUCUUCCUUUUCAUCAAGACCCCUCAACAGGGAGCCCAGACGAGCCUGUACUGUGCCUUAACGGAAGGCAUUGAGAGCCUAAGUGGCAGUCACUUCAGUGAUUGCCACUUGGCAUGGGUCUCUAGCCAAGGUCGUAAUGAGACAAUAGCCAGGCGGCUGUGGGAUGUCAGCUGUGACCUGCUGGGACUCCCUAUGGAUUGGUAAGUGGUGGUUUGGACUCAAAAGAAGAUUGGAUGAGAUGAUGAUUGUUCUUCAAAGUGGCCAAAACCUUGAGUACAAAGAGCAGAACUUGGAGCCUUACCUGCUUGGUAUCUAUCCAGCUAAAUCCCAGUACAUUGCCAGUGCCUUUAAACACCUUAAGUUUGUACCUAUUUACUUUGUUCCUGCUCCUGCCAUCAUUUCUAGUGGUUUCAUGAACUAAGACAGAAGACCCUCAUAUGACCUAUGGAGCUCCUGUUUUCCUUUGGAAAGCUACUCCUAGGAAAAUGGGAACCCUAGAAGGAUUGGGGCAUGGCAAUGUGGAUUAGGUGUAGCUCCUCCCAUCAACCAAGCUUUCCCUGAAGAGCUCCAUUGCAACCUCAGCUGAACCCCAGGAGUCCAGUGACCUGGCUCAGGAGCAGGCCUUUGUGGCCCCAACGGCUGGAUACCUAGAGGAAAGUCUUGACUAAAUCUGUCAGUCUGAAGUGUUUGCUGCUGAAACACUUUCCCAUGUCCAGACCACAGAUGAGCUUCCUUCUCUAUGAAGUUUGUGGAAUUUGAAGAACAGAAAUAAAAAUAAAGCUAAACUGUCAUUUUCCUGUUUCUCAGCCCAAUGAGGAGGUAAUGAAGCUUUAGGAGAAGCUGGG